GUCAAAAAGAAGAAAAAAAGUUUAUAUGCACCUCUGACUCGAGAUGAAUUAUUUACCAUCAAAGAAACUGAAAGUCUCUAUCGAUCUGGAUUAUUUCGUAUGCAAAUUGAUGAAUUAUUAAAAGAAGUUAAAUUAAAGAAGAAAAGAAAUAAAAAAUUAGAUCUUUUUCUUCAUGCUUUACGUAACUGCUUAAUCAAUAUACCCGAUGACAAUCAACAGGAACUUGAAUUUGAUAGUUUAUCCUGCAAACCUGAUGGCAUUCAGAUACCUCUUCAUUUAAAAGAUGUGCAGACUAUCAAGGGCAAAUUUAUAUUUAAAACCCCGACUGUCAUUGCUGUUGUUGGCAGCUAUAUGAUUGGUACCAUUACCAAGCCAAUAGUCAACGUGGAUGUUACCGUAGAGAUACCGCAGGAAUGUUUAAAUUCUAGAGAUCACAUCAAUGCUAGAUAUUAUUACCGACGUGCACUUUACUUAGCACAUUUGGCUUAUCAUUUAAAUCAGAGUGAUAUCUGUCAAGAAGUCCAGUAUUCAACAAUGAAUGGAGACCCACUUAAGCCAAUCUUAGUUAUAAAAGCAGCACCGGAACGAUUUAAUCGCUACUUUACCAUUCGUUUAUACCCUUGCAUUAAUCAGUCAGCGUUCAAAUUAAGUCAAUUAAAGCCAACUAAAGAUAAUAUAAGAUAUGAAUUUUAUCCAACGAUAGAGAGUAAAUUAAAUGAAGAAACUCAACGGUUAGGCCCGCCAACACCUCAUUACAAUCAUGGUAUAUUGGUAGAUAUGAGCUUCGGCCGCCACCUGAGGGAGAUUUAUCAAGCAACGCGACAAAGUCAAUCUUUAAUUGAUGCCAUUACCUUAAUCAAGAUAUGGCUAUACCAACGUGAAUUUAAUAAAGGGAUAAACGGAUUGAAUGGAUUUCUUGCUUCAAUGUUUUUGAUUUACUUAUUAAAGAAAAAGAAACUCAACUUGCAAAUGAGCUCUUAUCAGAUUUUAAGGAUCUUCCUUAUACAAUUAGCGUCAUCCGACUGGUCUACCAAUGGAAUAACACUUGCGGAACAGGACAAUUCCAAUAUUCCAUCUACUGCAGAAUUUUCUACAGUUUUUGAAGUGGUUUUUAUCGACUCUUCUGGAUACUUAAAUUUAGCCGCCAACUUAACGAAAAUUUCAUACGAUGAAUUACGUCAUGCAGCCUCCUCGUCACUGCGACAUCUCGAUAGCAGCUCUAGCGAUGUUUUCUCUGACCUUUUCGUGAAAAAAGUACCAUACUUUACAAAAUAUGAUCACUAUAUUACGUUAAAACAGUUACCACAAAUAGAAAAAGCUAAUAUUGGACAAGAAGUGUUAGAGUAUCUUAUCAGCAGAUGCAAUCAUUUACGACCAGUCAUGCUACGCUGGUUAAUGGUUAUCCUUCAAAAAGGUUUAAAUAAAAGAGUUAAAUUGAUUUCUGUUAUGCCUGAAGAUAUUUCAAAGUGGCCAAUUACUAAGAUGCCGCCUGCAGAAAGUGAAACUGUAACCAUCGGCUUAUCACUUGAUACAGAACAAUAUUCUUCCAUUGUAGAAAUGGGUCCAUCGGCUGAAGACUCACAGGCUGCGGAAUUAUUUAGAAAAUUUUGGGGUGAGAAGUCAGAAUUACGAAGGUUUAAAGACGGCGCUAUUAAGGAAGCAGCUAUUUGGCAAUGCAAGAAUAUAGCAGAGAGGAGAUUUAUUUGCGAACGAAUCGUAAAAUAUCUAUUGCAGCUACAUGGUAAAAUUUCUCCAGAAAAUGUUAACUAUAUUGCCGGCCAAUUAGAUCAUACAUUAGCGAUAACAUACGAGGACGAGAAAUCUAAACUGCCUUUCUGUAAUAAUAACGCUACAGAAGAUGCUAUCUCAAUUAUAAAGUCUUUUAAUGAGCUCUGCAAGCAGCUGCGUUUGUUGAAAGGUUUAUCAUUAAGUAUCAAUACAAUUCAAGGAAUCAGUCCUGUUUUUAGGCAUACCGAAUUAUUUCCAUCAAAGCCAGCGAAACGUUUUAAAAGUCGCACCAGGCUUUCCGACGAUGUACAAUUUCGAAAUGUUGCCAAAAAUGUUUUACUACCAACUGCGAAUAAGACAUGUCCUGAAUGGAUUCCUGCUAAUGAAGCUGUAUGCAGCAUGGAAUUAAGUGGCGAUUGGCCUCAAAAUGCAGAAGCCGUACAACGAGUUAAAUCUGCGCUUCACCUAGAAAUUGCUAGAUUACUAUCUCAGCAUUACUCGUUGCUGGCGGUUGGUCAAACCAACUACAUUGACGUUUUCAAAGAUGGCUACGUAUUUCGAGUGCGUGUUGCUUAUCAUAGAGAGCCAGGUUUAAUACGAUUAGUUGAAAAUGAAGGAAAUGAAUUACUUGCUGCUGAAUUAGAGAAAACUACCAUCUUGCUACCUCAAUUUGCUACCAUGAUAAACGGUGUGAAUGAACAGUAUCAUUCAUACAGUACCACCGUUCGAUUAGCCAAGAGAUGGAUUUCAUCCCACCAACUUUGUGGCUAUGUUACCGAAGAAUGCAUUGAAGUUAUUGUGGCUUCUCUUUAUCUAAAUCCGGAAACCUACGAUAAGCCUGGGUCGGAGAUUAAUGGGCUGUUGAGGUUUCUUAAACUUAUUUCUACUUUUGAUUGGUUAAACUUCCCAUUACUUGUUAACUUAAACGAAGAAUUCAGUGGCUCUGAUAUGGUAGAAAUAGGAACGGACUUUAGAGAGAAUAGAUCUAAAUUUCCAGCAAUGUUCGUCGCCGUUCCGAAAAAGAAAUUAAAUCAACUUUUAACUACUUCGAAACUUACAAAUUCGAUACUGCAUAGGCUAACAUUGUUAGCCAGCGAGUCCUAUAAUCUUCUGAUUAAGCAAUUGUCAACAUGUGCAUCGGAAAAGGUUGAUUUUAUGAAAAUAUUUCGAACUCCAAUGGAGGACUAUGAUGUGAUUAUUAAUUUAAAUCUAGAAAACGUUUGUCGAUUCCACGAAGGCAUUGACAGUGUAGUCACUGAAUGCCAUAGCGAUUUAAAUAAGAAAUAUAUGCCCGUCGUUAAUUUCGAUCCUGUUGAGUACUACCUUAAAGAACUAGAGGAUGCCUUUGGAGAUAUUGCUUUAUUCUUUUAUAACAAGUAUGGUGGCGACUUCAUUGCUGUGGUCUGGAAGCCUGAUGCAUUCAAAUUACAAUCAUUUAAAGGGAGUUCAAAAAAGCUGCUGAUGUGCCCAGAUAAAGAAAGUAUUCUACAAGACUUUCGAUUAUUGGGUGACAAUCUUGUUUCUUCUAUUGAAUCCAAAUAA